UCUUCUUGCAUCAGGGGAGGGAUUAAUGGCGUCCGCAGAGAAAGACUGACCACUCUUACAUGGUACCUCUUCUUUAGGUCCUUACGACCUCUGACUUCCAGUGGGCGGCCACACCUUUACCACCCCCCACCCCGCCCCCACAUGGGUGCAGUGUGCUGGGUGCUGCCGCUGGAGGAGGAUGCGGAAUGGGAGGAGACACUCGAUGAGGGGAGGAGCUGUCUGAGCUGCCGGCUGAUGACGCCACCUUCGCUCCUCCACGCAUUCCCACGAGGCCAAGCGGAAACCUCCCCGCCCAGGAAGUCCGACGCCAAGGAGGCUGACCUGCAGCCCAAAAGCCACUCCCACCUGAGUGUGUGUCAGCGCAUGCGAAGAGUUCUUGAGGAACUGGUGGACACGGAGAAGUCCUACGUGAAGGAUCUGGUCUGCUUGUUUGAGGUCUACCUGACCCCCCUGCAGAAUGAGACCUUCCUCGGCAAGGAUGAGAUGGCAGCGCUGUUGGGCAUCCUUGCUGAGAUGUUGGAUUUCCAGAGAGUUUUUCUCCAAACCCUGGAGGACAAGAUCACCUCGAGUCCAGACUUUAGUCAGCUGGACUCACCUGAGCAGGUCAAGAAAGUUCUCCUCUCGCUGGGAGCGUCGUUUCUGCACUACGCCGAGCACUUUAAGCUCUACAGCAGCUUCUGUGCUAACCACAUCCAAGUCCAGCAGGUUCUGGAGAAAGCCCAGACAGACAGAACCUUCAGACAGUUCCUGGACACCAGAAACCCCAGCAGGCAGCACUCCUCUUCUCUGGACUCCUUCCUCAUCAAACCCGUCCAAAGAGUUCUCAAGUACCCCCUUCUUCUGCGAGAACUCAUCAGCCUGACCCGGCCCGACAGCGCAGAGCACAUCCGGCUCACAGAGGCGCUGCAGGCCAUGGAGGAGGUGGCGUGCCACAUGAACGAGGUGAAGAAGAUCCACGAGGACUUUGGACAUGUCUUCCAACAGCUGGCCUGUGACAGUCAGGUGUCCAUGGGGGACUUCCUGCUCCACUCUUCAGCAGCGUGGCUCAACCCCCCGUCAGGUCUUCUGAAGAAGGAACCAGAAGUCACGCUCUUUGUGUUCAAGCGGGCCGUCAUCGUGGUCUCCAGGGACAAGAAGAAGAAGAAGAAAAUGGCCGCGUCGCGCUCGCUUCUUCCAGAUGCCUACAAGUUCCGUUGCGUCAUCCCCGUUUCUGCGCUCCUGGUCCAACCCUUUGAUGUCACAGGUUGGGAGACAUCGUGUACGUGGGAGUUGGUCCACUGCAGGUGUGAGGAGGGCGUGGCCUGUGAGGUGUUCCGACUGAACAGCAGAGCUUUGGAGAGCAAGAUGAAGGUGCUGAGAGUCCUCCAAAACCUCCUCGCAGACCCAGCACCAACCCACAUGCUGAGGAGGGACCAACCGCGGCACUCCUCCCAGGAGACAAGUCCAGGUGACGAAGCGACCUCUGGUGGCCUGCCGGACUCUCAGAUGACCAGUGACCUGGAGACUCGGGUGCAGAAGCUGACCUUCAACGGAGACACAAUGGGGGCCGGCGGCUGUGAUCAGAGGAGGUCCAGGUCUGAGGUCUUGGACCUGGAGAAAGACUUGAGCGUCCAGAGCGUGACGUCCAUGACCAACGAGGACUUUUUCUAUCAGGUGCUGCUGGAUCCUCCGUUUACCGAUGCUAACGUCACAUGAUCUUUGCUUCCAUGACACAGCCCUGUGAUUGGCUGAGACGUUUGACAUCAAAUACAGGAAGCACCCAAUUACGUCAUAACAGCAAAAUACUAGAAUAUCAAAUAUUUGUGAUGACAUCAUGAUUUUCCUAAAACGUCUUGUGGAACAACAGAAGGGUUUGUGUAUUUAUUUCAGUUGUCAUGGUAACCACCAGCUUUCCUCUAAGUAAAGCCUGUCUUUCUUUUCCUAAAUGAAAUAGUUAUAUUUCAUAGAUGCAUUUCAAUGUUCAAAUAGAAGAAAAAAACAUAUAAAAAUGUACAUGUACCAUCUAGACUGCAGUAUUCGUAUGUACUGGACUCGAACUGUGUGUGUGGAGCAGGAAUGUGCUGAACUGCACAACACACACGCUCACAUUGUGUGUGUGUGUGUGUGUGUGUGUAGGAAGAGCAGCACAUCUGCUGGUGAGUCGUCUUGUUUGUGAUUGUGCUUCACUUUGCAUGUAAAGGAUAUUUUUUACGUUUUAAUGUUGGUUUAUUGGAAUUAGACUUUAUUGCAA